AUGAAAUAUCUGAUAGUCAUUGCAAGCUUCAUAAUCUUGGCGAGUGGAGUCUAUACUGGAGCAAGUUUUGGGUUCACUGAAGAAGCAGCAGAGAACUUCAAGAACAAUGUGCUCCCUUAUAUCUUUUCUAAGCAAGAGAAUAUACAGCUCCCAAAUCAGCACAUUAAUACAGGGCGAGGGGUAUUCAAAGUAACCUUUUCUAUCACUGAAACCUACAUUUAUGAUCUGAAUAUGGACGUUACUAACAGCAAAGUAAAUUUCGGGAGCAAUAAUGACAUUAUUUUGAAUAUCGCAGAUCUCUCAGAAAAAGUGAGAUUUACUUGGUCAUAUGAUAGCAACUUAGGCUCAGAUAAAGGUUUUGCAAUUGUUAGUCUCGCAGAUACCUUAGCAACCACAAUAAUCCACCUUUCGGCAGAAAAUGGGAGACCUGUUGUCUCUAUUACUGAAAUGACUUUGAAAAUUGGAAAUCUCGACGUGAAAUUCAGUGGAAACACUUCAGCGGACGUUGCAAACUGGCUUGUAGGGAUUCUCAAUCAGCAAAUGAUAGCUUUGAUAGAAAAGUUGACUUCAGAUAGCUUAAAAGAUGCAAUUGACACUGAGCUAAACCAAUAUUUGUCCUCCCUCGAUCUUACAAUUGACAUAGGCGGAAUAGGCCUCGCAAUAAAUUAUACCUUGCCAUAUCCUCCAAUUGUGACAGAAAACUUUAUACAAGUAGACACCUUAGGCUUAAUAGUCCUCAAAAGCAACCCAAACCUUUCUCCUCCAAUUGAUCCACCAGUGCAGCUUCCUGGUUUCCAAGAAACUGGCUUACAAAUCCAAGCAUAUAUCACGGAUUACACCUUUAAUUCAGGAUUUUAUGCUGCAUAUCAAUCAGGAAGCCUUUCUACAGUCAUCACUCAAAGUGAUCUCCCAUCUCAAAUCAAAUUGACAACUACAUUUCUUAAUGAUUUCCUCCCUGGGAUUGUAAAAGUAUAUGGCCCAAAUAAGCCUUGCCAAUUGAAUUGUUCAGCCACAGAAGCUCCAGUUGUGCAUACUCAGAGCUCAAAUAAGCUGUUUCCACAUGGGCAAAUUGUAGGAGCAAUCGUGACUGGGUGUUCUGUUGUGGUGAUCAAUCAAGGAACUGCAGUGGAGCUUGAUAUGAACUUGGAUUUUAAUGCAACUUUGUAUAUUGAUAAUUGGGUGCUGAAUGGAGAUUUGUCAUGGAUGCAAGUUACUAGCUUAAAAGCUGUCAAUAAUAAUAUUGAUCCAAUUGACACAGAAGGCCUGAUGGAUGGGAUUAAUUUCUUAUUGAAUAUGACUCUACCAACUCUUAACCAAAGAAUUUUUGGGCAAGGCCUUCCUCUUCCAAAGUCGCAAUAUGUUAAUCUUACGAUGUCAGAUGUUACAGUUGAAAAUGGAUAUACUUAUAUUCAAUCAACGCCUCAAUAUAACUUUACGGAUAAUGAAAAUUAA